AUGACGAGGGCAGCGAAUGGCCAUCAGGAGACAGCCGAGAACUCUGCUCUCCUUCUUGCGUCUCCGAAUACCACAAUCGACAACUAUAGGUCCAUUGCUAACGUCGAACGCCAUGACUCUGUUAUUUCAAACCUCAAGCUCUUUCCCGCAGACCUCGAAUCCGAUGUCUUGCCAGAGACAAGCGCAUUGGGAAGGACUCUGAGCUGGCGGUCCGCAUAUCUUCUCACAAUCAGCAAAGUGCUAGGAAGUGGAAUAUUCGCUAGUCCAGGUGUCAUACUUGCCUCCGUCGGCUCGCCCGGUCUUUCUUUGACAUUGUGGGUGGUAGGCGCUCUCUCCGCAUACUUUGGUGUCAUGGUCGCCAUUGAAUUCGGCAGCAUGCUACCGCGAUCAGGCGGAGAUAAGGUCUAUCUCGAAUUCGUCUAUCGUCGACCGCGAUAUCUGAUGAGUAUACUCGUGGCGACACAGGCCAUUGUGUUGGGCUUCACGGCGGGCAAUUGCAUUGUCUUUGCACGAUACAUCUUGUUCGCCCUUGGAGUUGAGGCGGAAGAAUUCACGCGAAAGUCAACCGCUGUGGGCUUGUUGACUGGAGUCACCAUCAUCCAUGCUUGCUUCCGGAAGAUGGGAAUCCGGAUCCAGAACGCUCUAGGCUUGAUCAAAAUCGGGAUGGUCGUCUUCAUGGUCUUCAGUGGGUUGUUUGUUAUUCUCUUGCGUCAAAACAGUGAAGAUAUCGACUUGAAAGUCCCAACAACAACUGAGCUAGACUGGUCCUGGACUGGACUAUGGGCUGGCAGUAUCUGGUCAUGGGGUGCCAUUGCGACCUCAAUUCUCAAAGUCUUCUUCUCCUUUGCAGGAUUGAAUAAUGUCAACAACGUCCUCAACGAGGUGAAAGAUCCCGUUCGGACUUUGAAGUCUGUUACUUUGACAGCUCUGGCCACCGCUUGUGCCAUGUUUCUAUUGAUCAACAUUGCAUACUUCUCCGUCGUUCCCCUCGACGAAAUCAAGACAAGCGGCGAAAUGGUCGCUGCUUUGUUCUUCGAAAGAGUCUUUGGCCAGAACGUCGGACGCAGAUUCCUCCCUCUCAUGGUAGCACUAGGAUGUGCUGGCAACGUCAUGGUGGUGACCUUUGCGUUGUCCCGACUCAACCAGGAAAUUGCACGGACUGGCUUGAUACCAUUCUCUCGACUACUCUCUUCUAAUGCACCUUUCCAAUCACCUCUGGGCGGUUUGAUACUCCACUACAUUCCCUCCGUGCUUGUUCUCACAAUACCCAGUGGAGACGUCUACUCUUUCAUUCUAGAAGUCGAAAGCUAUCCAGUCGAGAUCUUCGCGGUUGCCAUCAGCAUAGGUCUCAUCUACCUUCGAAUCAAGCGGCCGGAACUUGAGAGACCCUACAAAGCUUGGAUCCCCGGUGUCUUGGUGCGAAUUUUCAUCAGUUGUGCUCUCAUAGCAGCCCCGUUUUUCCCGAGUGAAGCGCAGAGAGCCAAAGGCGUGCUUGGUGCCGCGGCAUAUGCUCUUGUGGGACUGGCUGUGAUCGCUUUUGGCGUCGUGUAUUGGCUUGUGUUUGCUAAGAUUCUGCCUAAGUGGCGCGGAUAUCGACUUGAGGAUCAGCUUGAGGUGUUGGAUGAUGGGACGACGAUUACAAAGGUGGCACAUGUGCCGAUAUGA